AUGGUAGUCGUCUUCCCAGACCUCGCCUCCUUUGGCCUCUCCCGCACGAGGGGCUUCCUCUCCGACGACACCCCCCUGACCUCCUUCCGCGACGGCUACUACGCCCCGUGGGACGACCUCGCCGCCCGGCUGCCCGCGCUGAUCGCGUCGCGCGCGCUCGGCGGGCACGUCGGGGCGCUGCCCGUGCUCAGCACGAGCGGGCUGACGACGGAGCCGGACCUGCGGCGCGCGUACGUGGUCCUCGCGUUCCUCGUCCACGGCUACGUCUGGGCGGGCGGCGGCGAUGCCGCCGUCGUCGACACGGUGCCGCCGCAGCUCGGCGAGCCGUUUCUGCACGUCUGCGAGCGCCUGGGCAUGGAGCCCGUGCUGAGCUACGCGGGGCUCUGCCUUUGGAACUGGGCGGCAGUGGUGGGUGGUAGCGGCGGCGGCGUCGGUAGCAACGAGGAUAACAAUGAUGGCGAUGAUGCCGGCGCUGGGUUCUACGACUUGGAGGAGCUCGUCUCGCUCGGGUCCUUUACGGGCACACGCGGCGAGGACGCCUUCUACCUCGUCCCCGUGCUAGUCGAAGCAGAGGGCGGCACGCUACUGGCUCUCCUGCUGGACGCCCUCGCCGCGGCCGUCAACGGAAACGACGAUGCUGACGACGACGACGACGACGACGACGUCUCCUCGGGCCUGGUCGCGGCGCUGGACCGCUCCGCCGAGGCGUUGGCCCGCAUGGCGAGGCACCUGCCCAAGCUGUACCCCCUCCUGGACGCGCGCGCCUUCUACCACGAGCUGCGGCCCUUCUUCAGCGGCGGCAGGGGCAUGGAGAACAAGGGCCUGCCGCGCGGGGAGGUGGUGUUCCAGCGCGUCGACGGGUCGGAGCGCCGGGCACGGUGCGUGGGCGGGAGCGCAGGCCAGAGCUGCCUGUUCCAGGCGCUCGACUGCGUGCUGGGCGUGCGACAUGAGGGUCCCGGCGGGGGACGCGAGUCCUUUUUCGAGGAGAUGAGGGCGUACAUGCCCGGCAAGCACCGCGAGCUGCUCGGGCAGCUGGCCCGCUUGCCGAUGACGAUACGCGGCUACGUCGAGAGCCACCGCCGGUCCGAUGAGCGGCUGGUGCGGGCGUACGACGGGUGCGUCAAGGAGCUGCGGUCGUGGCGCGGGAGGCACAUGGCCGUGGUGAGCAAGUACAUUGUGCAGCCGGCACGCCUUGCGGCCGCGCAGGAGGCUAAUGGCGAUGAUGAUGAUGCGCGAGAGACGAGGAACGGGGCGCGGCGCACAAACGGGGGGGAUGGGACGGGCCCGGCAACAAGGGGCGAGAGAGAGCAAAAGGAGGAGGAAGAGGAGGAGGAGGAGGCCGGGCUGCAGGCGGUCAUGGCCAAGGGCGGCGGGGAUGAGCUCCAGGGCACGGGCGGGUCGGCCCUGGUGCCGUUCCUGCGUCAGUCGAGGGACGAGACUGUGGGAUUAGGGCAGCAGAGCGCGCGGGGGAAGUGA